GUCUGUUAACACCUGCACAUUAUGCUCUCGAUGUGUGUGAGGGUGUAAGGGAGAGAGGAGGAGAUGAGAGGAGAGACUCCCUCCCCUUGUUCCGUGUCCAACUCUGCUUCCAGCUGUUGCUGCAUUCCUCUGCACGUCGCAGUCGGCUCAGGCCGGCGGCCUUUUUUUUUUUUUUUUCCAAAACUUUUGCUUCAGUUUUGUCACUGGCGCCGGUGCGCGCGGAUGCGACAGUGGAUUAUAGUGUUAGGUAUAAAGAGUCGUACAACUUGUUCAUGUGUGCGGCUACUGCCAGGAGUUUUACGACGACUAAAGGAGCAGAAGAUUAACAUUUGGAAGAGCACGAGAUCUUGGACUGAUCGGUCCGUUUCUGCGCGAUGACUGAAGUGGCCAAUUGCGCGUCUGUAAUGGAAGCUGAGAUGAUGUUUAAGCCAGAGUCGGAUCAGAUGUGUCCGCCUGAACCCAAGUCUCCACCCUUGGACCUGAUAGACACGGGGAAAGGCAUGAAGGUGCAGACUGCGACGCCUCAUCUGGUCAGCCUGGGCAGUGGGAGACUGAGUGUGGCUAUCACCCUGCUGCCACUAAAAGAAGGGGUCACACGUAUAGGCCGAGAAGACGCUCCCGUCCCGCAGGACAUUACGAUUGAAGGGCCUGGCAUUGAGGCAGAGCACUGUCAUAUCAUCAAUGAAGGAGGGGUGGUGACCCUUGACCCCUGUGGUCAUCUAUGCAGUCUGGAUGGAGUCCAGGUAACCAUCCCCACACCACUUACUCAGGGAUAUUCCCUGUGUCUGGGUAAGUCCUACUACUUCCGAUUCAACCAUCCUGCAGAGGCCAGCAGAAUGAAGAGCAUGCUUCCACAAAAGAGCCCAGUGUCAGCUUUAGCCUACAACACAGAUUAUCUAAAGUUCAGCAGUGACUACAGUCAUGCAGUCGGAGGCAGCGGUAGCGCUAGAGGGAUGCGAUCAGCCUCUGAGCUCCGGGAUUUGAUGGACACCCUGCAACGCAAGAAAAUAGCCCUGGAAAACAGCCUGAGAGCCAAUGGGAAUGCUAACCCCUCCUAUUUUAGUGUCACACAGUCUCCUCCCACCACACCCACUUCCAGUCCUGCCAUGUCUUCAUCAGCCUAUCAGGGCACCUAUCAGGAACAGGCAAGGCGUUUCUACAGCUCUGAUCGUCCACCCGUCUCUUUGAAAUCUGGUUCCCAUCUUCCCCCUGGACGGCGGUCCGACCCUUUGACCUCCUCUCGUGGUUCUGUCAGCCGCAGUCAGGACAACCGUGGCAUCUCAGACAGUCGACGACUGAACAAUCCAGGCUCCUCCCCUUUAUUGUCCACAUGGAACGGCGGAGGUUCUUCCACUUCUGUUGCCAGUAGCGAUAAUGUUCACCUCUCUCUUCCUCCCUCCUCUACAUCCCGCGCUCCGUCAGCGGGAGGUGCUGCCAGCAUGCCUUCAAGCCCGCGAUUGGGUCGGCGUACCUAUGGGAACCAAGAUCCAUCACCCACCAUUCGAACCAGGAAAUAUUCAGCCGGGUCACUCAGCGGCCUUAUGACUGGAGGACAUAGCCGAUCACUGCCACGUCUUUGUCCUUCCCCUUCUCCUCGAGGUGAAAGCAGUGGAAUGCUGCACUUAUCGACGCUCCCACAGAGACAGGCCAAUAUGAAUGGGAGUUACAAAAUAGGCAAGGAGUCUUUCAGCCACAAUCCAAAUGCCAACCCUGAAUACAGCCACAGCUCCACUAACUCAUUCCAGCAAGUAUCUAACAAGAAUCACAUCCAGACCAAUACUCAGGGUGAAGGCGUUGUGUCUAUUUCUCUUUCCUCCCCUAAAAACUCGUCCUCCUCCACUUAUUCCACUACUGCCCCACCCGAUGUGACAAUCCCAUCCAAAGCAGGGGGCUCUUCUUCUCCAAGAGUUGCCAAAAAACUCAGCCUAACCUCCACCAGCUCAAUGGGCUCAAUCAGCUCCACAAAAUCCAGCCAUCCUGAAGAAGAAUUUAACUGCACCCAAGGAGUGUCUGGAGUUAUUGAGAGGUCCUUGGGGGAAGAUGGACAAGUUGGAAGCCUGGAGAUGGGACUUGGGGAAACAAGGGCUUCAUUUGGGAAGGCGGGGACGGAUCAUGGGACGGGCUUUGGUGAGAGGAGACAGUCGUUUGGAAAGGCAGGAGUGGCUCCACCUGGGGGUUUUAGGGAAAGAAGGGGAAGUAUUAGCUCUCUUAGUGGGAAGGAAGAAUUGACGGAUUAUCACCAUAGACAGAAAGAGGAGCGACUUCGUGAGCAGGAGGUGGAGAGACUGGAGCGACAGCGUCUAGAAACCAUCCUGUCUCUUUGCUCGGAACUCGGGCGUGCCGAAAGGGACGGAGGGGGACCGGCACCGAAUUCCACGUCAGCGGUUGCGGAUCUCCAGAAGAUCAACCAGGAGCUAGAGAAGCUCCAAGUGAACGAUGAUGAUGACGACACGCCGUCCGUGUUUUCAGACUCUUCAGCUGUUAACGGGAUUCCAGGGAGCGGUCACAUGACCUCCCCGGGAUCAGAGAACGGUUACUUUGACGACGACCUGCAGAUGCGGCGGAGGUGCAGCAGCGGACACAGAGACUACAGGGCCGAAUCGCCGGCAGUCAGCCUACGAAGCUAUGCUCCAUCACCCUCUUCAAGAUCUCUGAGGACAAAUGAGUCUGCAGAGGAUUCAGCUUCCUGCCUAGGGCAAGACUCAAUGCCUUCAGAGGAGGAAGUGAGGCGUGCAGAGGAGGAGAGAAUUCAGGUGUUGAACAACAUUGAGGAGCUGGAGCAAAAAAUCAAGGACCUGGACAACCAAAUGGAGGAAUCUGCCCGAGAGGUGGAAGUCGAGCGAGCGCUGGUCGAAGCGGAGCAAGAGUCGGAAGUAGGUGCUCUGCAGCGGGAGAAAGAAGCUUUAGAUGAACUUCACAGCAAGAUGGAAGACCUGGAGACAAAGUCCCAACAGGAAAAAGAAAAGGCGUGUGAGUUGCUGCAGGCAGAAAGGGACAGAGUAGAGAGGUUGGCUCAGAUUGUGUGUGAGCAGCGCUCCCAGCUGGACAGCUGCCCUGAAGCCACCAAGGAGCCCCUACAGGAGCAGCUAGCCAGGGACUGUGAGGUACUUGAGGCAGAGACAAAGCGCUUCGAAGACCUGGAGUUCCAGCAGCUGGAAAAGGAGAGCAGGCAGGACGAGGAGAAGGAGACCCAUACACAAGAACUUCUCCGAGAGGUUGCCGACUACCAGCGCAGCACCGUCACUCGCAAGGAGCGACUCUUAGCUCUGAAGAAGCAAGCAGAGCAGAUAACCGAGCAGGCUCAGAGAGAAAAGGAGAGCUUUCUGAAGGAGAGGAGCAACCUUGAAGUGAUGCUGCGAAGAGAAAAGGAAAGCCUUGCAACACUGGAAAGAAAAUACGCUGACCUCACUGGUGGCCGGAGUUUCUCUCUAAGAGAGGGCUAUGUCACUGUCAGUGAAAUCAAUGAGCUUUACUCACAGCUUGGGCAGGACCCUAACCCUGCCUCUGCCCCUUCUCUGGUCAAAAUGACCCCCGAGUCUGAGGUAAACCUUUCCCCGGAGGAAGACUCCACAAAGCCAACGGAGGACGAGCUCGGUCACUCUUCUUUAUCAGCCGACUGUCACUGCUCUUCCUCCUCCUCCUCCUCUUCUUCUCCUUCUUCUUCUUCUGCCCACGUCAAUGCUCGUCCCCUCCCAAAAACUCCCUCUGUGCACUGGCCAGAGAACAUGGUAACUUAUCGAGACCCCUCCCCUCUUCCCGACUCUCCCCCACCUCCUCUUCCUGUCAAAAACCAUCAUCAGCGACACAGGCAGCAUUUCCGUUUGCUGGAAGAGAGAAAGCGCUCUGAAAGGGAAAGUGGUUCACAUCUGAGUGAUACUUUACCCAGGAAGAAGAACAUUCCCACUCUGAAUACCCAGUUCACAUGCUCAACAUUGGGACGCAGCUAUCAAACAAAGUCCCACCAGCCUCUGGUACAAAGCUCAAGUUGUGGCAGUAUUCUUCCCAGAAUCCUCUCUCUGUCCAGCAAGGAGACUGAAUCUCGUCGUCUACAGAAAGGUCAGUCUGGCUCCCGAGCGGCUUCCCAGACUAAUGUCUACCUCGAUGCCUUCGGGUACCGUGAAAACCAGGCCUUUGACACGUUGAGUGUGGACAGCAGUGACUCCAUUGAAACCAGCAUCUCAGCUUGUUCGCCUGACAAUGUCUCCAGCGCCAGUACUUCAAACAUGGCCCGGCUAGAGGAGAUGGAGCGCCUGCUGAGGGAGGCACAGGCUGAGAAGAACCGCCUCCUGGAGCACAAGGAACGAGAAAUGGAGAUGCGCAAGCAGGCCUUGGAAGAGGAGAGGAGAAGGAGAGAGGACCUGGAAAAAAGACUACAGGAGGAGACAAGUAGACGUCAGAAGCUCAUCGAUCGUGAAGUGAAGAUGAGAGAGAAACAAAGGGCACAGUCCCGGCCGCUGACUCGCUACCUGCCGGUGAGGAAGGACGACUUCGACCUGCGGGCUCACAUUGAGUCAGCGGGUCACAACACAGACACCUGCUUCCAUUUAUCCAUCUCGGAAAAGACUUGCCGAGGCUACCUGAUCAAGAUGGGAGGCAAGAUCAAAACAUGGAAGAAACGCUGGUUUGUCUUUGACCGCAACCGUCGCACUUUGUCCUACUAUGCAGACAAACAUGAGGCUAAGCUGAAAGGUGUGAUUUACUUCCAAGCUAUUGAAGAGGUGUAUUAUGACCAUUUGAAAAGUGCACACAAGAGCCCGAACCCCUCCCUGACCUUCAGCGUUAAGACUCAUGACAGGGUGUACUACAUGGUGGCCCCCUCUCCCGAGGCCAUGAGGAUCUGGAUGGAUGUGAUCGUCACCGGGGCGGAAGGAUACACACAGUUCAUGGUGUAGUGGCAGGCAGGGUUCCUGACUGUCAACGGGAAUGUCUUGGGGUAUUUGCCAUUUGUGUGACCGAGAGAGCAUCAUAAAAUGCUCUUAUUCUGGCAGCUUAAUUAAAAUAUAGUAUGCCCACUUAUACGGAGUGGGUUUGUGCUUCUCGUCAUCACUUCUGCCUGAGAUAUACGAAUACAACAUUUGAGACAGACGGGACCUGAGCAGGAUCUUCUAAAUAUUAUUACCUUUUAGGGUGGACCACUCAUGUUGAUCUGUGGACACAUACAGGCUUAUAAUUACUACAAUUUUAUGCAAACUAUACUUCAUUAAAAAAAAAAAAUCAUAAAAAUAUACACAAGUCAUUCUGAAAGGUACUGUGAUUCACCGCUCUGCCUUAAAGUGAAUUUCAGCAGACCUCUUAUGUAGGCCCAAGUAUUAAUCAUCUAUUGAAAAUGUUCUCUACCAGUGCCUAUAGAGGAGAGCACAAUAUUUUCUAAAAAAUAAUAAUAAUAAAUAUAUAAUCCGUUGAAAAGACUGAACCCUAGUUCCAGUUGGAGUUGUAUUUUACAUCCUUCCUAUCAAGACUAUAACCCAUCAUGGAUGAGCUUCAUUUUCUGGUGCUCAGCCAAGACUUCAAAAGUGUUUUUCAAAAUAAUUUCUAAAACAAAAUGGAAGAAACACUGGUAAAGAACUGCCUUUUUAACUUGUUUUAUUGCUAUAGCAUUCUCAGGUCUGAACUGUGCAGUGUCCAUGUCUACAUAUGAUUAUGAGUGUAACAUACACAUUAGGUAGAGAGGUUUCUGUUUUGGGUGCACAGUAUUAAUAAAGGGCUCCCAAUGUAGCUCCAAAGGUGCUAUUGCUGUGUCAUAUUCCUUGGAACAUCUUCACAUAAUACAAAACAAAACAAAAACAAGCUUAGCAUUCACCCAAACAAAGGUAAUUUCUUUGUUUGUUUUUUUGUUUUGGUGAUUGUUAUUAUUGUCCUUGGCUUCACAAGAGGAUCACCAUAGAUCAUCAAGUUUUAUUUAACAAAUAAAACUGGGUGACAUGAGUCACGGAGCCACAAGACAUCAUUAUAUUUGUACAUUUUUGCUGGAAUGCUUUGGUUAAUUUUUAAAAUAAUUGACAAGUGACCCUAAUCUUCAACGCAUGACAUUUAGUUUUGGAGGUUUUUUUUACGUGGCAGUAUUUUUAUAUGUAUACUUUCUGUAUUUGUAUUUAUGAAGUGAUCUUUAAAAUCAGUGCCAUGGGUUGAGUGUUUACUAAGAUGUGAAGCAGACAAAUCUAUGGUACAUUAUGCUACUUAUAAAAUCCGACUCAUUAUUGUGCUGCUUUUAUCCACUAGCUUUCAUUGCAUGGCAUUUAUUACCAAUAAUGAAAUGUUCUGUUUUAAAUGAUCAUGGUGAUUAUUAAAGCCAGUUUAUAACAUAUAUCUAUGUUAUGUAGCUUCUUACCGGUCACCCAGCUUUGCAUUUUCUUGUUAUUUUGUUGACCAAAGUUUAUAUCCAAGAUAUAUAAUGUAUAUGUGGUUUCUUUGCUGCUUUUAAAGUAGAAAAGUAUCAGAAGAAUAAAAAUUUUUGUUUUAACAUGAUGAAACAAUGACAUGGUCAUGUGUAUUGUCUAAUUGAACUAUUUCAGCAGAAGAUUUCCAGAGCUUGAUUUACACUAUUAGUAUACAUUUUUUAUAAAUAUAUACAUGUUUGUAUGUUGAUUGCCACCAUAUUUAUCAAAGUAUGUAUAUUAAUUUUUGUAUUUUCAUAUGAAUAAUAAAUGAUGUAUCUAUAGCA